UUCAUCAAAGGUUUCUCUGAACCACUUUGUCGUUGCCUACAACAGCAUGGCGUACGAUCUGUUUUCAAAAUCGACACAACACUAAGAUCGCACUUAGUGCGACCUAAGGAUCCUGUGGAUCCACGAAAACAAGAUGGAGUAGUGUAUAAGAUUCCUUGUGAAUGCGGCAAAGUAUACAUUGGCGAAACGGGAAGGUGCAUGCAUGAACGGAUUAAAGAGCACGAUAGAGAUAUACGGCUUUCACGAACUCAAACAACUGCCCUUUCUGAACACGAACACGCCAAUAAGACCGGUCAUUAUCCCCUCUGGGAGAAGUUAAGUUAA